AUGACGAUUCACUCGAUCGAAGGUGUGGCACAGCAACCGGAAAGUAACUUGGCUACAUUCCAGUACGGUGGUUACAAUAGUUACAAUAAUCUUGAAAGAAAUUUCGAUCAACUUCGCCCGGAUCUCAGUGUACUUCUACCGAAUCCUGCGCAAGGAGGUGCGUUCGAUCCCAAUUGGGGAGCCAAGUUAGCCAAGGAGGUGGAACGCGCUUUAAUGACAGCCAGAACGUCCGGCAUUCAUAUGAAUCAUAUAAAAACGGAUGGACUUGGUGGACUAAUCAUCACCACACUAAAUGGAGUGAUGUCCGUUCGGGCUACGGUUGAUGGAACGCCCUACACGGCCACGUUGCCGGCUGACAGUUCGGUCUCUACCACUAAAAAUGAAUACUUCUAUAAUGGACAUAAGAUCCAAAUAUUUACGAUCACAAUUGAUGGUGUACCGUAUACCUAUACUACUGUCGAUGGUAAGACGACUGUGACUGAUGGGCAGGGGAAUGUGCUCAAAGAUGGUGGUCCGUUCCACGUUCCUACGGACUAG